AUGCAGGACCACCGCGCCUACCCCGCCCACCUGCCCGCCGAGCUGCUCAACGUCACCUUCAACGAGCUCAGGCCCGACCCGCGGCUGCGCAUCUUCCAGUUCCACAUGGGGAUCGGGAGGGACUUUGCAGUGAACCAAGACACGCACAUCUUCGAUACGGUGGAGCUGAGCUAUGACGACGACCGAGGUGGUGAUGGUGGAGGCGGCGGCGGCGAUGCCCUGCCGGAGCCGACCAGGGUGAAGCUCGCGGCACAGAGUUGCAUCGGGCUGAUGCCCAGCGGCACGCCGGGGCGCGUGAAGCGCAACAAGGCCGCAAAGUUUGGCGACUACGUCGGCCGGUGCGCGUUCCUUAUGGACGACGCGCUGGCGUUGCGGCUGAGCGACCGCAGGCAUCGCGCCAACGCCUCGUUCGAAGUCCAUGCGUGCAACGACGUCGCCCGCUUCCCGCUGGCCGAGGUGCUCCACUUCCCGGAGGCGGCGCCCAUCACCGAGCGCGGCCUGCUGCCACGACCGUCCCACGGCUUUCCCUCGGCCCCGUGGUUCGUGGCCGGUUGUCCCCAGCAGGAGCUGCCGGUCAAGUACACAUGGGCCAGCGACGACAACCUGUGGCUCCUCUGGAUGCUCGACGUGGUGGGCGUGGAUCACGUGGUGAUGAACAUCGUCACGGGCGACCUCAAGAUGUCGAUGGUGCGGGAGAGCAUAGCCCAACACAAGGGCCUUGCCGAGCGCGUGACGCUGGUCGACCUCGCCUUCCCGCGGCGUAAGACCAACCACUCCCAGUCCUUCCUCCUGCAGGCCCAGGCCCACGAGCUCUUCCUCCGCUGGCAGGCCGACUUCGACUACAUCUUCUUGCUCGACCCCGACGAGUUCCCGCAGCUCUUCAACGCCACCGCCACCGACACCACCACAGCGCAGCCGCGGAUCGACAUCAAGACCUUCAUCAGUCUCAACAGGGAGCAGAUCAAGGAGCAGGGCCAUGCCUACUUCACCCGCCCGUUCGUCCUGCGCUCGGCGCCCAACUCGGAGGCGGACCCGCUGCUGGCGGCCUUACUGAGCGAGCUGGCCCCGCUCGACGGCCUCGCGACCAGCGCCGUGUGGGCGGACAAGAUCCGGCCCGCAGAGGAGCUGGGCAAGGCCCUCUUCCCGGUCGCGGCCGCCCUGCGGCCCUACCUGCACUACAACGACUACUGGCCGGGGAGGAGCAUGUACGAUUGGCGGACGGGCCACGUGCUCCACGUGCGCGAGCCGCUCAAAAACACCCCCGCGCCGUCGGCGCCGGGCGUCCAGUGGUUCCUGGACGAGUUCGCCCGGGGGGAGAAGCAGAACGUUUGA